AUCGAUUAAUUCCUCUCCGUCCAUAGCUUUCGUCGCCAUUUCCAAACUCAAAUUCAACACAAAGACGAACCAGAAAGGGUUAUGGAAACACAGACUCACCCCUCCUUCUUCCUCCAGAUCUACUCCGUCCACUACAAACUCUGAAAUUGUUUAGGGUUUUCAGAACAAACCAAUGUCUCUCCCUUUACUUCCCUCCUUAUAACUGUUCCAAUUUCGCUUCCCUCCAAUGACCAGGUGUCCCCGUCCCCGCGAUCAAACCUCCCUCCAAUCUCCACGCCGGAGUGAUAAAAAUGUCUUAUGUUUGUUAGCAAGGAGAGAAAUUUCCCCCAGAACAAAGUAUGUGCAGAAAAGGAGGUGGGGACAAGCCCCCAAAGAUAAUUCAAAUUCCUUACCAAAGCUCAUUGGUGAACAUGUUAGAGAUGCUAGACGUGGCCUUGUUUCAUGGGUUGAAGAAGAAUCUUUAUGUCAUUUGUCAGCCAAGUAUUGUCCUCUGGUGCCUCCUCCAAGAUCAACAAUUGCGGCAGCCUUUAGUCCUGAUGGAAGGACGCUUGCCUCAACCCAUGGUGAUCACACAGUUAAGAUAAUUGAUUGCCAAUCUGGAAACUGCUUAAAGGUGUUGAGUGGUCAUCGGAGGACGCCUUGGGUGGUUAGGUUCCACCCAGUGCGUCCAGAAAUAAUUGCAAGUGGGAGUUUGGACCAUGAAGUUCGCCUAUGGAAUGCAAACACAUCAGAGUGUAUAGGAUCUCGUGAUUUCUAUCGUCCAAUUGCCUCCAUUGCUUUUCAUGCUGAAGGAGAGCUCCUUGCUGUUGCAUCAGGUCACAAGCUGUAUAUGUGGCACCACAAUAGGAGAGAGGAGGCUUCCACACCAAAUAUAGUGUUAAGGACUAAGCGUUCAUUACGAGCUGUGCAUUUUCAUCCGCAUGCUGCUCCAUUUCUUUUGACUGCUGAGGUCAAUGAUCUUGACUCACCAGAUUCUUCAAUGACAACAGCUACAUCAUCGGGUUACUUGUGCUAUCCUCCUCCUGCUGUUUUUUUGUCAAAUGGUCAUUCUAGUGACCAUAUUAAUUUGGCAGCUGAACUCCCCCUCAUGUCCUUGCCUUUCUUGUUCAUGCCUUCAUUUUCUAUAGAUGAUUCGAGAAUGGAUUUGCAAAAUGCUGAUAGACUUGUUGGUUCAAAUGGCACGCAAGCGGGGCCUUCUCCGUUGCUGCGGGUUCAAGCAGAUACAACUGCCACAGGGCAGUAUGAUGGUACAGCUUCACCAAUGGAGACGUUUCCUCUGAUUCCUCCUGGCUCAUUUCCUGGUACAGAAGAUACUUCUUUUUCUUUCCCUGACAGGAUGGAAAGUGGUGCUUCUGAUUCAUUGGUUGAUGCAAUGGAUACUGAUGAAAUGCAGCCUAGCAGGGGAAGCCAGGAAAUGAACUCUACUAACGUAGAUACUUAUAGUGGUUCUCAUAGGAGAGGGUCCAGACAAAUUGACAAUCAAUCAAACACCACCGGAUUUGGGCAACCUCAGGAGUUUUUACCCUUUAGAGACCCAACUUGUUGGGAGAUACCUUUGCUGCAGGUACUUCUAACAGGUCAACAAGCCAGUAUCCCUCUAAUGCUUCCUCUUAAUAGCCGUGCCAGUGAACUUUCAGUUCAACACAUGGGUUCACCUUCAGCAUUGCAUCCACCUACCAAUUCUAAUGUUUCUGGAAGACCUAACUUGGAGCUUAAUUCAUGGUCCCAAUUCUCUGUUUCUGAAUCUUCAUCCAGUCACACAGCACAGGAUGGGACUGGUCCUCAACCUGUCAUGAAUAGAAUCCACACUGAAUUUCCCACGUCAUUGGCUGUAGCUUCAGCUGCUGAGUUGCCUUGUACUGUGAAGCUCAGAUUAUGGUCACAUGAUAUAAAAAAUCCUUUUGCACCCCUGAGUGUUGAAAAGUGCCGCUUAACCAUUCCACAUGCUGUCCUUUGCAGUGAAAUGGGUGCCCAUUUUUCGCCUUGUGGGAAAUUUUUAGCUGCAUGCGUUGCUUGCUUGCUUCCUAGUAUGGAAGCUGACAGUGGGCUGCAAACACCUCUCCAUCAGGAUCCUGGGUUUGCAACAUCUCCAACUCGACACCCAAUCUCAGCUCACCAAGUUAUUUAUGAGCUUCGUAUAUAUUCCCUUGAGGAAGCAACCUUUGGUUCAGUGCUUAUAUCAAGAGCCAUUAGAGCUGCUCAUUGUUUGACAUCAAUCCAGUUCUCACCUACUUCCGAACAUAUAUUGCUUGCCUAUGGUCGCCGCCAUGGUUCUCUUCUAAAAAGUAUUGUGAUUGAUGGGAAAACAACAUCACCAGUGUAUACGGUUCUAGAGGUAGAAGUAUAUAGAGUUUCUGAUAUGGAACUUGUUAGAGUGCUUCCUAGUGCUGAGGAUGAGGUCAACGUUGCUUGCUUCCAUCCUUCUGCUGGAGGAGGUCUUGUUUAUGGAACUAAGGAAGGUAGACUUAGGGUCCUCCAGUAUGAUGGUGCUUAUUGUACAAAUUUCAGAGGACCAAAUUGCUUCCCUGAAGAAAACAUGGCUGAGUUAGAAUAGCAAGCAAGGUGCAGAUAUAGGAUUUAGAAUGCUAAGCGAUCCUACCAAACCCGCUUUACAACUCAGCUUGAAGCAUGUCUUGCCAGCUUCGUUGCUAAAACAGUGGUAGAUCAUUCUGUUUUUUAUGCAUAUAUAUUUCAGUCAUCUUGGUCAUUGCCCAUGAAGUACACAUGCCUUGCUGGAGUUCAAGAUUUUGAUUGUAAACAUGAGAUGAACUUACCAUUUGGCUUGGCAGUGGUAAAGUUUCAAUCCUUCCAACACACUAUCAGAGCAAAUAUAGACGUUCAUGGGAGUAUCUGCACAUCUAUGGAGCCAGUCAGCCAGAUGUGAUUAGCUUCUUCAGGUUUGUCGUGACAUGUGUCAAAAUGUAACAUAAUUUGUACCCCCUUUUUAGUGUUAUUAUGUAAACAAAGUUCUUUCUUUUAAAAGUUGUUGGUCUAACCAAUUGUGCUCGGCACACACACGUCCGAUGCAUCGACUUUCAUUUCCUUUCAAGUAAAGCAGUGGACACUGGCGGAGCCAUGAAGUUAUUCCCAAAUUAUGAUAUGGCUGAAAUGCGAUAACAUGAAAGUCCACAAAUUUUGUCACGAACCAACAUUGCAUUCCUAUGGGUAUUACCGACUUUACAAGGUAAAUAAUUAAUUUCAUUACACUAGAGUCGUUGACCGGUCAAAGGAAAAAUUAAAAAGCAAAAAGUCACAAAAAAAAAAAAAAACACACAUUAAUUUGAAGGGGGGAUUGAGACGUGAUUGACUAGCCCUUUUCCUUUGACCAAAAAUAUCAAAAAAAAAAAAAACCAACAACACUUUUUUAAUGAAUUUCAAAGAAUUACUUUACUGGGAAGAAGAGAAACAAAAUGAAAUUCAAGAAAAGAAAAACAGUAAUUAGGAUGUUACUGAGAGGAGGAGGAUGAGGUAGAAGGAGGAGGUUGCGGUGGCGGAGG